AUGGAUAGAAAUGAAGAAAACUACUAUGGAAAACAUGGUGAACCAAGGAAAUUUGACCCGAAGUUCAGAGGACCUAUUCAUAACAGACGCUGCACAGACAUUAUUUGCUGUGUGAUCUUCAUAGUUGUCAUUCUGGGUUACAUUGCAUUAGGUGUUGUGGCUUGGGUGCACGGGGACCCCAGGAAAGUGAUUUAUCCAACUGACAGCUAUGGGCAGUUCUGUGGUCAGAGAGAUACCCUCAAUGAGAACAAGACCAUUUUGUUUUACUUCAACCUUCUGAAAUGUGCCAGCCCCGUAGUGUUAAUAAACCUACAGUGCCCUACAACACAGCUUUGUGUCUCAAAGUGCCCAGACAGGUUUGCAACCUACGCUGAUGUUCAGGCUUCCUACAGAUAUAGACCAGAUCAGUGGAAUUACUUCAGGCAGUUCUGCAAACCUGGUUUUAACAAUCCUCGCAAGUCUGUUGCUCAAGUCCUACGUGAUGAAGAUUGUCCUUCGAUGAUUGUUCCAAGCAGGCCUUUUCUGAAGAGAUGCUUCCCAGACUUCUCCACGAAGAAUGGUGUGUUGACCGUGGCAAAUCAGACUACAUUCAAAGAUGGAAGAGGGAAAACAAGAAAUGUAACUGAUCUCAGGGAAGCUGCAAAUGGCAUCAAUAUUGUCCUGGAUGCAAGAUCAGUUGGAAUGAAAAUUUUUGAAGACUACGCCAUUUCUUGGUAUUGGAUUCUAAUUGGACUGUUCAUUGCAAUGAUGCUGAGUCUGCUGUUCCUUGUGUUAUUGAGGUUCACAGCUGGGGUUCUCUUCUGGAUUUUCAUCUUUGGUGUGAUUGGAAUUAUAGGAUAUGGCAUCUGGCAUUGUUACUGGGAGUACGAUCAUCUUAAAGGAAUACCUGGAUCUGACCUCACUGUUUAUGACAUUGGAUUCCAGACAGACUUCAAAGUGUACCUGCAACUGAGGCAAACAUGGUUAGCAUUUAUGAUAAUACUUUGUGGUGUUGAGGUCAUAAUCAUACUGAUGCUGAUCUUCCUAAGAAAUCGGAUCCGAAUUGCUAUUGCACUGUUGGAGGAAGGUAGUAGGGCAAUUGGCUAUAUAAUGUCUACACUAUUCUACCCAGUUGUCACGUUCUUACUCAUUGCAAUUUGUAUUUCCUACUGGGCUGUGACAGCUGUUUUUCUGGCCACAUCAGGAGAACCUGUGUAUAAAGUAAUGGCUAAUCAAACACUGUGCAAGUAUGCAAACCUGACUUGUGACCCAGAGACGUUUAACACAACCAAUGUGACUAAACUGUGCCCAGGUGCUCAGUGUACUUUUGCUUUUUAUGGAGGGGAAAGCCUGUACCAUAAGUACAUCUUCAUCUUCCAGUUAGCCAAUGCCUUUGUCUUUCUCUGGCUGGUGAACUUUGCAAUUGCACUGGGUCAGUGUACCCUUGCUGGUGCCUUUGCCUCUUAUUACUGGGCCUAUCGAAAACCAGCUGAUAUUCCACUGUGGCCACUCUUCUCUUCAUUUGGACGAGCAAUACGAUACCAUACAGGUUCACUGGCAUUUGGAGCCUUAAUUAUUGCAAUUGUCCAGCUUAUUAGAGUAAUACUGGAGUACCUGGAUCACAAACUGAAAGGUACUCAGAACUCCUUCACUAGAUUCCUACUUGGCUGCCUCAAGUGCUGUUUCUGGUUACUGGAAAAAGUCUUAAAAUUUGUAAACAGAAAUGCCUACAUCAUGAUUGCCAUAUAUGGUAAAAACUUCUGCACCUCGGCAAAGGAAGCAUUCUAUUUGCUCAUGCGGAAUGUGGUGAGGGUUGCAGUUCUAGACAAAGUUACAGACUUCCUUCUGUUUCUGGGGAAAAUCCUUGUUGCUGGUGGUGUAGGUGUUCUUGCAUUCUUUUUCUUCACACAGAGAAUACCAGUUUUUGCACAGGAAGUGCCAAUGCUAAAUUACUACUGGGUACCAUUGUUGACGGUCAUCAUUGGCUCCUACCUAGUUGCACACGGGUUCUUCAGCGUCUAUGCAAUGUGUGUUGACACGCUUUUCCUAUGCUUUUGUGAAGACCUGGAAAGAAAUGAUGGAUCUACAGCAAAACCCUACUUCAUGUCAGCUAGCCUCCACCGAAUUCUAGGGAAGAAGAAACUAAGCCCUAAGAAGGCAGUGGGAUAA